CCGUAAAUUUGUGACUUCCCCCCCCCCCCCCCCAUUAUUUCCAGGAAAAGUCUCCUAAACAAAAUCCAAUAACACAAAUAUAUGCCGGAAAAAGAAAAAAAAAAGGUUUAAUGUAACAAGAAACCCCCGGCAACAUGACAUGAAUCCCUAAAAUCUAUAUCCUCCAUUGUUGUUCUUCUCCAAAGCUUUUCCCUGUCCAUCCAUGGCGUCCGUACCCAUUUCCCCUUCCUACCUCCUCUUCUUCUUCCUCUUGCUCAGCCCUGCAUUUUCCCUGCAGCAAGCAUCCAAGUCCAGAAAAGAGCGAGCAGGAUCAGGAGAAGCCGGAAGCAUCGAAGGAGGAGGAGAAUCAUCAUUGGCGGCGGCGGUGGAUCCACAACUCGACUGCUCGGGCCGUUGGAUCCACAUCCGGCGUCUCCCGGCGAGGUUCAACCUCGAUCUCCUCACGAAUUGCUCCGAGUACGACCUCUUCUACGAUUUCUGCCCUUACCUCUCCAAUCACGGCCUCGGACCCAAGACCCACAACCGCUCCCACUCAUGGUACCGAACCGACCCUUUCCUUCUCGAGCUCAUCUUCCAUCGACGGAUGCUCGAAUACCCCUGUUUGACCCAAGAUCCGAACCAGGCCGCCGCCGUCUACCUCCCGUACUACGCCGCCAUCGACUCCCUCCGCUACCUCUACGGCCCGGAGGUGAACAACAGCAUGGAUCACGGCCUGGAGCUCUUCGAGUUCCUGCAGGAAAACGACGGGUGGAUUUGGGGGCGGAAUUCCGGGUCGGAUCAUUUCCUGGUUCUCGCCCGACCCGCCUGGGACUUCUCCCAGCCGCCAGAUCUCGACCCGCCGAUUUGGGGGACAUCGUUUUUGGAACUCCCGGAAUUCUACAAUCUCACGGCGCUUGUCGUUGAAGAGAGGUUAUGGCCGUGGCAGGAGCAAGCCAUUCCCUAUCUGACGUCGUUUCACCCGCCGAAUGCCGAGCUCCUGGAUUCGUGGAUCAAUCGGGUCGAGGCGUCCCGGAGAACUACAUUGAUGCUGUUCGCCGGCGGCGGAGGGGUGUCGGCGCAGCCCAAUAUCCGGCGGAGCAUUAGGAAUGAGUGCGAGAACACGAGCGAUACGUUUGAAAGCAAUGGCGGGUGGUAUUAUUACUCCAAAGUGUGCGACAUUGUCGAUUGCGCCAAUGGGAAAUGCGAGCACGACCCAAUUUUGUACAUGAGGCCCAUGUUGCAGUCGACAUUCUGCCUUCAGCCUCCCGGAGACACUCCGACGAGGAGAUCCACGUUUGACGCGAUCAUUGCGGGUUGCAUACCGGUGUUCUUCGAGGAUCAAUCCGCGAGAACGCAGUACAGGUGGCACUUGCCGGAGGAAGCUUAUGGGGAGUUUGCAGUCCACAUUCCGAAGGAGGAUGUGGUUUACAAUGGGAUGAAGAUUUUGGACGUGCUGAUGGGGAUUUCGAGGGCUCGGGUUAGGAGGAUGAGGCAGAAGGUUAUCGAGUUGAUCCCGAGAGUUGUUUACAGGAAACAUGGGAGACGGAGUAGUUCUUCUGUAGGAUGGAAAGGGCAAAAGGAUGCAUUUGAUAUUGCCAUUGAUGGAGCUCUCGAGAAGAUCAGCUCCAGGGUCAAAGGUGAAGAAGCAGAUGUAGCACUAGAAGACCUUUCUUCUGUGUGAUAGCACCAUUGCUUUUUCCAGACUGUUGUUGUAACAUUAUUAGGAGUCGGUCUUCUUCAUUUGUCUUGCUUUUUUUUUUCCUGAAUGGACGAAUUUUGAGGGAGAAAGGUAGAGAAUUGAGAAAGUAGAGAACGUUGAGCUUGAAUGUUCGAGCAUUGUAAAGAGUUUCAGGUUU